CAUGGAGAAUUAGAAGAAAACAUAAAUCCGUUGAUGAUUACAGGUACGUGUUGCCGCGAUCUUUGGAACGAUUAAACUAAUAAGAAAACAUGAGAUGCUCCACGGAUAUAAAUACAAAAAUUGAUCAACAAUUUGCAUCGAGACAUCAACAUGAGAUCUCUCCUGUUCGUUUCUUGCCUCCUAUUGGCACAAACAAAAGCCAUCGAUCCUCCCUCCGAACUGUUGAUAUGCAAGAUGCAUGAUACUGACUGCAUUGCUAAAUCCAUCAAAUCAGCUCUUUUACUUUUGCAAAAUGGUAGAAAGGAUUUGGGUAUACCACCAAUUGAUCCCAUCCAUUUAGCAAACAUGCAUAUUCCAGGAUCAGGUGGGCAAGUCGAUUUGGAGCAAACGUAUGAACCGAUAGACGUUUUCGGUUUAUCCGCAUCUUCAAUACUUGAUGGAUCCGUCGAUAUGGAUAAUGGUAAUUGUGAAAUAACAAUGAAUUCAUUAUCUCCGCACGUGGAAAUCAUCGGUCAAUACAAGUUCACCGGAAAACUGCUUCUUUUCCAAAUAAACGGCUUCGGAAGAUGCAACGUCACCUUGAUUAAUUUGAGCAGCAAACACACUAUGAAGUGCGAACACGUCGACGUUGACGGUGAAGAACAUCUGAGGGUGACCGAUUAUAAAUUGGACAUGCAACCGGAAUCAAUCAUGUACGAAUUUGAAAAUAUGGUCGACGGGAAUCGAGCUAUAAGCGAUGAAGUCCUCAAAGUGAUGAACGAAAACAAUCUGGAUAUUUACGCAGAGAUCAAGAAGGAUUACGAUAGGACUUUCGCAGAAAUUUUUUACCACAUUACAAACAAAAUCUUCAAUAAUAUUCCCAAGAAAAAACUGUUCUUGGAAUGAUUUAUAUGACAUGUUUACAUAUUGUUAUUGUUAAUUAGCGAUGUUCUAGCGUUUAGACAUAUUUAAAUAUAA